AUGAUCUGUUCAAGUAGAGGAACGAUCGUACUAGCUACUGCAAACUCAUUCCCCAGAUUACCCAUCAGAAAAUCUUCCGGAUUUCAUGUAAACCGGAUUCGAAACCAUCUCCCGGUUAAUGUCAGAGCUCGUCGACGAUCAUCAUCAAUGGCGAUGACAAUGAGAUCAAAACCACCACCGUUGAUUCGGACAACAUCAGUAGCCAGUGAUCGAGUCACUGCUCUCUUCUCUAUACGAGAGCUUAACCGCUUCGUUACAGUAAUCCAAGCCUUGAUCUUCUUUCUCCUCCGUGUCGUCGUCACCAAACAGAAGAAGAGGAAAGUUUGGGUCGGGUGCGGCGGCGUUUCCUCUUCACCGACGAAGACGACGGUGGUCGAUGAGGAAGUGGCGGUUAGAAGGGAUUUGGCAACGAGGAGGGUUUUGGAGGAUAACGGUGGCGAUGGAAUCUCCGUCAGAGAUUUCUCGAUCUUCACGACAAAGAGAGGCGACACGUUGUUCACUCAGUCAUGGACACCUGUUGGGUCCGUCAAGACCAGGGGGCUUGUUGUUUUGCUACAUGGUCUGAACGAACACAGUGGUAGGUAUAGUGAUUUUGCAAAGCAGCUAAAUGUUAUUGGAUUCAAAGUCUAUGGAGUAGAUUGGAUCGGUCAUGGUGGAAGCGAUGGACUUCAUGCUUAUGUUCCUUCUCUUGAUUAUGCUGUCGCUGAUUUGAACUCGUUUCUUGAGAAGGUAAUUGCCGAAAACCCGGGACUGCCCUGUUUCUGCAUUGGCCACUCAACAGGAGGAGCUAUCAUCUUAAAGGCUAUGCUAGAUCCAAAGAUCGAAGCUCGAGUUGCAGGGAUUGUGUUAACUUCACCUGCAGUUGGAGUCCGACCAUCUCAUCCUAUCUUUCGCGUAAUUGCACCUUUCCUCGCGAUCCUCAUACCGAGAUACCAGUUAAGUGCUGCAAAGAAGAAAAUAAUGCCGGUUUCUCGUGACCCGGAAGCUCUCGUAGCUAAAUACUCUGACCCGUUAGUCUACACGGGGUCUAUCCGAGCAAGAACCGGUUACGAGAUCCUUAGACUUGGUUCUCAUUUACUGCGGAAUCUAAACAGAAUCAAGGUCCCGUUUCUUGUCUUGCACGGUGCAGCUGAUACGGUUACAGACCCUAAAGCUACUCAGAGACUAUACGAUGAGGCUUCCUCGUCCGAUAAGUCGAUCAAGCUUUUUGAUGGGUUGUUGCACGAUCUCCUCUUUGAACCGGAACGAGGAAUUAUCGCUGGAGUCAUAUUGGAUUGGCUAAACCGGCGUGUUUGA